AUGGAUGCGAAACGUGAGCCGUUUGCGAUUGAGGAACUGAUUGCGAAGAAAAAGGAACUGGAGGAAGCAGAUGCGAAGCCAAAAUUCCUAUCAAGGGCUGAACGUGAAGCGAUAGCGAUGAAAAAACGUGAAGAGCAAGUGGCAAAGCAACGUGAACUUCAGAAAGAGCUACUCGAAAAACGAAAGAAUUUUCUGCAGGAUGGUAAACGAUCAGAAAGAGAUCGUGACAAAGACAGACGAGAUCGUGAAAGAGAACGGGAACGUGAGAGGGAUAGAGAACGAGAACGCGAUCGUGAAAGAGACCGAGAAAAAGAGAGAGACAAAGAUAGAGAUCGUGAAAGACGUCGAAGUCGCAGUCGUGAUCGCAACGCAAAUGAAAGUCGGCGAAGUCGGAGUCGUGAGAGGAGAAGUCGGAGUCGGGAGAGACGUUCGCGCAGUCGCGAUCGUGAAAGGGGCAGAGACCGAGGCGCUGAAAAGGGAGACGAGAAAGACGAGACACGGGAUGCUGACAAGAUGAAUGAAGCGAUACGUCAACGAUAUCUUGGUGGACAACGUGAAAAACGCAAACGUGGACGUCGAUUACACGAGCGUAAAUUUAUUUUCGACUGGGAUGCUGGCGAGGAUACGUCCGUUGAUUAUAAUAAACUCUAUCAAGAUCGGCACGAAGUGCAGUUUUUUGGUCGUGGCUCAAUAGCCGGAAUGGACGUGAAUGCACAGAAAAAACAAAAAUCAGAAUUUUAUGCCCAGCUGAUGGCUAAAAGACGUACAAAGGAAGAAAAACAACAGGAAGCGUUGAGAUUGGAAGGUGUCAAGAAGAAAGCGAAAAAAGAAGCAUUCGAUACUCGACAUUGGACGCAAAAAACUCUUGAAGAAAUGCAAGAACGUGAUUGGCGCAUAUUCCGAGAAGAUUUCAAUAUAUCGAUUAAGGGUGGACGGGUCCCGAAACCUUUCAGAAACUGGGAGGAAGCUGGUUUACCCAAGGAGGUGUUAGACGUCAUCGUCAAAGUCGGAUACACGGAACCAACACCGAUUCAACGUCAAGCUAUUCCAAUUGGCCUGCAAAAUCGUGACAUUAUUGGUGUGGCAGAGACUGGUUCUGGUAAAACUGCUGCAUUCCUUAUACCUCUACUAGUUUGGAUUACCUCGUUACCGAAAAUACACGGAAAUGAAGAUCAAGAUUCGGGACCGUAUGCAAUUAUAAUGGCGCCAACACGUGAGUUGGCGCUGCAAAUCGAAGAGGAAACUGUCAAAUUUGGACAGUUGUUGGGCAUUCGAACCGUAUCAGUUAUUGGAGGUGCUUCUCGUGAGGAACAAGGACUCAAAUUGCGUCUCGGUGUUGAGGUUGUAAUAGCAACACCGGGUCGUUUAUUGGAUGUACUGGAGAAUCGAUAUUUAUCGCUGGAUCAGUGCAGUUAUGUGAUUUUGGAUGAGGCCGAUCGUAUGUUGGAUAUGGGUUUCGAACCUGAAGUUCAAAAGGUUUUGGAAUAUAUUCCAGUAACAAAUUUAAAACCAGAUACAGAGGAGGCUGAAAAAGAAGAAUCGAUAAUGGAGAAUUUCUAUUCAAAGAAAAAAUAUCGUCAGACGGUAAUGUUUACGGCAACAAUGGGUCCAGCAAUCGAACGCUUAGCACGUGCUUAUCUGAGAAGACCAGCAGUGGUCUAUAUUGGUUCAGUGGGUAGACCCACGGAGCGGGUUGAACAGAUUGUUUAUAUGGUCGGUGAGGAGAGGAAACGUAAGAAAUUGGUUGAGUUGCUCUCGUCUGAAGCAUUCGAUCCACCAAUCAUUAUUUUCGUCAAUCAGAAAAAGGUUUCUGCUUCCGUUCAACUUUAUCCUUUAUUUCAAAUUUUCUUGUAUUCAUUCUGUUUAAUUCUUUCAGCUUUUCAAUUUCGAUUUUACUUCGCUUUUUACAUUCGUUUUGUGUACACUUGCUCUUUUUUUUAUUCUCAGUCACUCAGUAUUAUCUGUUGA